AUGCCCUGUAGUUACGGGAAAAUAGAAAAUAUUUACUACCACCCCUUCUCUUGCCACGGGUAUUUAAUUCUACCAGCAUCAGAUCGGUCUCCAUUCGAUGGUUCCUGCUGCUCCGGCUACCGGCCUGUGGACUCCGCCAGUCUGGACACUCCUGAUGAAGACGAGAUGGACCCGAUACCAAAAUACAGGGUGGUGUUACUCGGCGACGCUGGCGUAGGCAAGACAGCUUUAGUGUCUCAAUUCAUGACGUCAGAGUACAUGAACACAUACGACGCAAGUUUGGACGACGAAUUCGGUGAGAAGUCAGUGUCUGUUCUGCUGGAUGGAGAAGAAUCCGAGAUGAUUUUCAUUGAUCACCCUAGUACUGAGAUGUCGGUAGAGAACUGCCUCUCAACAUAUGAACCCCAUGCUUGCGUCGUGGUCUACUCCGUGGUGGCCAAGAGCUCCUUCACCCGCGCCGCCGAGUUACUGGCAUACCUCGCCCGGGAACAGUUCACUGUGGAACGAACUGUUGUGCUUGUAGGGAACAAGGCCGACCUGGCUAGAGCUAGACAGGUUUCUACUAAUGAGGGUAAAGCACUGGCGACGUCAAGAGACUGCAAGUUCAUAGAGACAUCAUCAGGGAUCCAGCACAAUGUGGACGAGCUACUGGUUGGUAUCCUCAAGCAAAUUCGACUGAAAGAGAGCAGGGAUAAGAAACACGCCAAAAAAACUGGAAAACAGGACACGAAGCAGCCUAAACUAGCCAGUUCGCGCACACACAUAUCGCUCAGCAUCGCAAGGGAAUUACUGCAAAAGAUCUGCAUAAACGACAUCUCUAAAUCGAAGUCUUGCGAGAACUUGCACGUCCUGUAAUCUUCUAUGCUCCUGGUACCUUAUAAAUGUUGUAGAUGUUUUCUCUUAAUGUUAAUUGUAUAGAGGAUUCUUCCUUCUAAUUUUACUAUCUCGUGUUUUAAUCAAUGUUCGACUGGUUAUAAACUAAGGUUGAUUCUGUCGGGUAUACGAUAAGCGCUGUAGAUACCUGCUUUGUUACUGGAAUUUUAAUAUAACCAAUCUCUCUGGAAGCUCGUCAGAUGCAGAUUCCAAUUUACUGCAGAAAAUUCCUUGAAAGACUUUCCCUUUGACAUCCCAUUUAAUCUUUUUUACAAAAUGAUCCAGUAAUUUCUAUUCACUAUAGUUAACUUUCGCAAAUGCCGUAUUGUGUCAAGAAAAAGCAGACGUUUUUCCUCUAAACCAUUUACGUCACGUCGAAUAAUUUAUGGCCGAUGUUAUAAAAAGAAUAUUCGUUUGAAAAGUGGGGAAAAUCCGGAGACCCUUGGAAAAAGCGUUGAUUUUCAUACAAAAUAUUCUUAUUUCGAAGGGAAAAUGCCUAAAUAAUAUUAUAUUCUCGGUCAAUUUCAUAUCAUAUGGGUUCAACAAACAAUAGCUUGGCAAUAUCGCGAUCGAUUUUUUGGUCAUAUGAAAGACAUUCGAGAAAUUCAUAUAAAUCAGCGUCCAAAUUUAUUGUAUUCCAUCCAUUCAUUGUUGUAAUAAGGUUUCGUUGUCUGGAUUUGAUGAAUUCUUGAGCCCGUCUCUCUUUUAACAUUUAUAA